UAAGGCUUAAGGAGCUCUUGGCUUUCAUCAGCUGUGCUGCCAGCCCACCUGAGAGAGAGAGAAAGCAGCUGCAGGUGAGAAUGCUCAGGGAGAUGGCAGCGUGCAGGAAGUUGCUGGGGCUGCUGGCUCUCUUGGCUGCCGGGGCUGCUGAUGUCUCGGUGCUGAACACGUGCAUGGAUGGCAAACAUCACAAGACGGAGCCUGGUAAAGAGGAUGAGCUGCAUGGGCAGUGCUCCCCAUGGAAAGAAAAUGCUUGCUGUACAAAUAGCACCAGUCACGCCGCCCAUGAUGACCAGUCCUACCUGUACAACUUCAACUGGAACCACUGCGGGAUCAUGUCAGAUGCGUGUAAACGGCACUUCAUCCAGGACACCUGCCUCUACGAAUGCUCGCCCAACCUGGGCCCCUGGAUUAACAAGGUGGAUCAGACCUGGCGCAAAGAAAGAAUCCUGGAUGUCCCGCUGUGCAAAGAAGAUUGUGAGCAGUGGUGGAAAGACUGUCGAAAUGACAUGACGUGCAAGGAGAACUGGCACGUGGGCUGGGACUGGUCCCAAGGGUAUAACCAGUGCCCCCACAGGUUGAAGUGUCAGCUGUGGGAAUCCGUCUUUCCUAGUCCACAAGACCUGUGUGAGAAGAUCUGGAGCAACUCCUACAAAUAUACCACCUUCACGAGGGGCAGCAAGCGCUGUAUCCAGAUGUGGUUUAACUCAACGCAGGGCAACCCCAAUGUGGAGGUGGCAAAGUACUAUGCCAAUGCUGGGGCUGGUCUCUCGCCCUGGACGCUCCUGGUCUUUCUUUUCCCUGCCCUCCCAGCAACCCUGCUGUGAACUUUCAAGGGACUUCUCUGAUCCUGAAGAGUUUUGACCCUGCAAGAUUGCACUGGGAUUUCCCACUUCCUCUAUCGCAGUGAGAGUGCUCUUGUUCCGGGUUCCCAGGAAAUAACACUCCAGCUUGCCUGUAAGAAGAGUUUAUCUUCCGGGACUUCCUCCGAACAUUGUUUCAGCUUCUGUUCAUUUCUGUCACCUGGGCAAACUUGGUCUGCUUAUGGGGACAUGGAAAGGGAGGUGGCCUCUAGUAAUAGGGGCGUUUGCAACCCCUGGGAACACACAACUGGAAGAAGGAAUAAAAGCCUGGUUCUGCAAUU